GUCGCGUCUCAUCCAGCAUGCAUCCCCUCCAACCCGUCUGUCGUCGUCUGUGGCUGUUCUCGACGCAACAGCAGCCAUGCAGCAUCGCCCCUCGUCUACCCAGCAGGGCUAGGGGCGCCCCAAAUCGCCGCCUCAUUUGCCAGACGGCACCCCGUCGGAAAGAGGAGUCCGAGUUGCCGAAGAGCACGGGCAAAGAGGGAGCAGAUGAUGCACAGGCUGAGGCGGCCAAGGCACCCUUGACGAAGGAGAGCCCAUUACCACUCCUACAACGGCCGUUAGGCGUGCUGGAGAGACCAUCAUCGCUACCGCAGUCAUUGGAGCAAAAGCGGGAGGAGCUCCUCGACCAGGAGAAAAGACUGAAAAAGCGCCAUGAGCUGGUGAGGGAAGCUACGAAAGGCUAUUUCACCGACCUGAACCAGACCCGGCGGUAUGGCGGAAAGACUUGGGUGGCGCCGAAGACGAUGAUACGAGAGGAUAAAGCCCUCUACUUCCCCGACAUUGUCGGCACGAACCUGCAAUCGAAGUCUGGCGUCCACACGACAAGCUUAUGUACAGGGAAGGUGUCAGUAGUAGCCAUGCUCACGACGAGAGUAUCAGAGAUGCAAGUGGCUCACUACAUCCAGCCCACGCACGCACAAUACUCUUCUCACCCUAUGUACCGCUACGUCCAGAUCAACCUCCAGGAGAACCUUCUGAAGUCAUUGCUCGUGUCCCUGUUUUCGUCGAGCAUUCGGAAAUCAGUCCCUGAGAAGCUCUGGGAAACCUACCUCGUCAGCAACCAAAACAUGGACUACGUCCGCUACGACAUGGGGAUGACGAACAGCCGGAUCGGUUACGUCUACCUCGUCGACGAGCAGUGCAGGAUUCGCUGGGCGGCGUGCGCGGAUCCAUUGGAAAUGGAGAUUGAGGCGUUGAAGGUCUGCACUGGGGUUUUACUCAACCGAUACAACAAGGGCUCUGCCGAUGCCACUUCGUGACAUGCGUAGUGUUGCUGACGCCACCUGCCGCUCGCUACGCAGCGCCUCGGUUGUGUGGAUUUAUGUAGGUUGUGUCGCGGCUUGUUUAGAGCCCCCUUGGACCUAUCUGCGCAUACUCGUAGCCUUGACAUUCUUACCGUGCUCUGUGACAAAUUUGAAGAGAAGGUGCUGUCUGCUCUGAAA